GGGACCGGAAGUAGCUGCUAGGAUCACCGGAAGUGCUUGUCCAGGCGCCCUCCCGGGGUGGGGGUGGGGCUAAUACCUGACGGUGAGCGGCACUGAGAGAUCAAGGGGAUUCACACAAUGGCUACAGUUUCCACAUUUCAAAGUGUUUGCUUAUGGAACAGAAAGUGUCUUCUGUUCUCACUGCGGUGUUCAGCCAAGUUGCUGCCAAAGCCCAGAGUUUUAUUGCCAGCGUCCGUUCCCUUCUCUGACCAGGCUAGCGGCCAGCAUCAUGCCUUCGUACCAUGUGCCGAGAUCCACACGUCUGCAGUUAAUUACGCAGGACACAACAAGUGGUCAAAGGUGAAACAUAUCAAAGGGCCAAAGGAUGCUGCCAGGAGUCGAAUGUUUGCCAGGCUGUCAAUAUUGCUUCGCUUUGCAGUGAGAGAAGGAGGCUCAAACCCUGAGUUUAACACGCAAUUGGCAAAUGUCAUUGAACAGUGCCGAGCCAAGAACAUGCCCAAAGUGUCCAUCGAAGCUGCUAUAAAAGGGGCUAAGUCCAAGGCUUCAACCUAUUCACUGUAUGAAGGGAGAGGCCCGGGGGGAUUGUCUAUGCUGAUUGAAAUUCUAACAGACAACAACAGCCGGUCACAUCAGGAGAUAAAGAGCAUUCUGAACAAAAAUGGGGGAGCAUUGUGUGAGGGUGCCCGGCAUUGCUUUGAGAGGAAAGGCGUGGUGACAGUGAACGGCCUGGGUAAGGAUGGUCAGGAGAUUGAGUUGGAACGUGCCCUGGAACUGGCAAUUGAAGCAGGGGCUGAGGAUGUUAAACAGGCUGAGGAUGAAGAAGAGAAGGUGAUCCUGAAGUUUGUUUCUGACAUGUCCUCACUGCGAGAGGUACGAGAGAGGUUGAGCACGCUGGGAUUGCUGACCAUUACUGCUGGGCCUGAAUUCAUUCCUACAACCACUGUCCAGCUAACAGACAGAGAUUUGGAGGCAGCAUUUUGCUUGAUUGAACUCAUCGAUGAGUACCCGGAUGUUAUUAAAGUCUAUGAUAAUAUCGAGUCACAAAGUUGACUAGCAGCAAGACAGAACUUCCUGCACUUUACGGGCUACUGAAUGUGUGAUGAGGAAGUUCAGCUGAACACAUGUUUGUAUCGAGACUGAAUGAAGACUCUUUCAGAGAGACUGAUAGUGCAGUCCUCUCUCCAUUGCCAAUAACAAUUGAGCUCCCCUGCAAGUAAGGAUAUGGUUACACAACAGUGCUGGCUGAGAUGUAUUGACUAAUGGUGCUUUCUGUUCCUGCUCCAUCAUCACUCUUUCCUGAAGGUGCAGAUGCUCACUGGGGUUCCAGAGGCAGCAUGCACCCUCCAUUAUCCUUCACAACUAAGCUGUUCUUCAUGUACAUGUAUCAACUGACUCAUUGCACAAGAUCUCACAGUCCAGCAAGUUCUCACCUGCACUUGUUUUUCAACAGGGGUCACUGGACAGUGAUCAGGAGCAGAAACCCUAACUGAUUUCCCCCUUUUUCUAAACUAGGGACUAGACAACUGUAGAAGUGUUGUGUUUGGAUUUAAAAAAUGUUUGAGACAGCACAAAGCACUUCACAGCCAGGUCGAUUUUUUGAAGUGUAGCCUUUGCUGUAAUGUGGAUAAAUGUCAGUUUGUACACAGCAGUAAGAAAAAUGAACAGAUAAUGUUUUGGGGAGAUGUUAAUGGAGAGAUACAUUUGGGCUGUGACGUCGGGAGAACUCCUUACAUUUUGAAUAGUAGGACCUUUAAUAUCCACCUGAACAGAUAAGUCUUACUUUAAUAUCUCAUGAAAAAUAGGACACUUUCAGUGGUCCCUCAGUAUUGUAUUCAAGUACCAGUCUAGGUUGAGGGUUCAAAUCCUGAAAUAGAGCUUGAACCCGCAACCUUCUCACUGGAGGAUGAGUGCUGCUAUCUAAGCAAAGACUGACUGUUGUGUGCUGGUCAACUCCAAGCUAAGAGAGAUGGGAUGGUAACCAACCAAGCUUCCUGUUCCUUAGGAAGAUUUCCCUGUAUGCUGAUCACAGGGGGGGAUAGGCUUGGACUUGGCUGUGAUGCCCUCUAUGGUCGAUUAGCCUGCCAGCUCUCACUGUAUAGACGUAAAGUGAGCCAACUGGGUUGGGAUGGCCAGUGCAAGCUGAACCUUCAGGAAAGGUGGAGAAAAUUAGCCUAAAUAUUUGGCAACCUUUAGUAAUAUUUUAAUCAAGAAUCUAAGGAUUUGACAUUUUGCGUGUUUGUGCCUGAGUUUGUGCUGACUGUAAUGUGUAUAGCAGCGUUGGAAAACAGGCUGGCUGAGGUGUGCAGCUCUCUCUAACCUUUCCCCAAUAAAUAGGCAGGACCAUUCAUUCACAGUGACUAAAUAAAGUCAAAUUCAUUUAACCUCUGAGUCAGAAGAUCAAGGGUUCAACUCCCACUCCAGAGACUUGAGCACUUAAUAUAGACUAAUACUUCAGUACAGUGAGGGGGAACUGCACUGGCAGAAGUGCUGUAUUUCAAAUGAGAUUGCAUUUUUAAAUUUUCUAUGAAAGCCUCACAUCAGGGUCUUGCCUUAUAAAUAUGUCUGGACUCCAAUCACUUUCCCCUGACAGUCACAUAGCCUCUUUAAGUGACUUAUUCCUUGUUUACAACCUUCACUGUUAGCAAUUAGCCUCUCUCACAACUGGACUAACCUGUCCUCACCUAAUCGCCCUAGUCACAGAUGUGCCAUUUGGGGGUUAAUAUUGCUAGUGGGCGCAUUAUGAGUGGUGUCAGUGUUCCUGGGCUAGAGAAGGGAACAUUCAGCCAGGGAUCUUGCUCCUACCAGCUGUCUAAAGCUACAAGUGUGUGAACAAAGUUGUACUUGUGAGACACCUCAACCCAUUUGGUUGAGUUGCCUGCUGAAUCUUACUGUGAAGAUGUUGUGUUACUCCAUUGGGUGGCUGCUGUAUAUGAAACGUUACCCAGCUUCCAUCAUUGUCUGCAGGACAGUGGGGGCAAUUGGGCAAAACACAGCACAUCAUUUGCCUUGAUUCAAAAUCCCUUCAGCUGUUUUAUGAAGCCUGAUAUGGUGAAGAUUUAAUUGACAUUACACUCUCAUCUCACAUGCUUCCUGUGAAAUGAUAAUAAGGAGCCUUUGACUAUUGUAUCAAUACUGAUUGUAAUCUGUGUAGUUGCUCACUCUAAUGUGUGUUUGUUGGCAUGAAACAUGAUUUUUUAAAAAACCCUAUAAAUUGAGAUCGUACAGCAGAGUGAGGAUUGGUGGACUGUGCUGUGCAAUGUCCAAGUAAA